CGGCCGGCCGGGGGGGAGGAGGCGGCGGGAGGAGGAGCGGCGGCGCGGACCGCAGCGAGCUGGCGGGGCUCGGCGCGGCGGUCCCUGAAGAUGGCGGCGGCGGAGCCGGGCGCUGCUCCGGGCGGCGGGGGCUGCGCGCCGGCGGGCGGCGGCUCCGUGCCCGUCCUUUUCUGCUUCUCCGUUUUCGCGCGGCCCUCCAGCGUGCCGCACGGCGCCGGCUACGAGCUGCUGAUCCAGAAGUUCCUCAGCUUGUACGGGGACCAGAUAGACAUGCACCGCAAGUUCGUGGUGCAGCUCUUCGCCGAGGAGUGGAGCCAGUACAUCGACCUGCCCAAGGGCUUCCUGGUGAACGAGCGCUGCAAGGUGCGCCUGGUCCCGCUGCAGAUCCAGAUUACUACUUUGGGCAACCUGACACCCUCAAGCACUGUUUUUUUCUGUUGUGACAUGCAAGAACGAUUCCGGCCUGCCAUCAAAUACUUUGGUGAUAUCAUCAGCGUGGGCCAACGACUGCUCCAAGGUGCACGGCUCUUAGGAAUUCCAGUUAUUGUCACUGAACAGUAUCCCAAAGGUCUUGGCAGCACUGUGCAAGAAAUUGAUUUAACAGGAGCGAAACUCGUGCUUCCCAAGACAAAAUUUUCCAUGGUGUUGCCAGAAGUUGAAGCAGCAUUAGCAGAGAUCCCUGGCGUCCGGAGUAUUGUCCUCUUUGGAGUAGAAACUCAUGUCUGUAUCCAACAAACAGCAUUGGAAUUAAUUGGCAGAGGUCUGGAAGUUCAUAUUGUAGCUGAUGCCACCUCCUCAAGAAGUAUGAUGGACAGAAUGUUUGCUCUUGAGCGUCUUGCACGUACUGGAAUUAUAGUUACUACUAGUGAAGCAAUAUUGCUGCAGCUGGUAGCUGAUAAAGAACAUCCAAAAUUCAAAGAGAUUCAAAAUCUCAUUAAGGCAAGUGCCCCUGAGUCAGGGCUCCUUUCCAAAGUUUAAAGCAGGCAUGGAGGAAGCAGAUCUCACUGUCCUCUUUACAGAGGAAGGAAAGCUAAAAGCGCACAUGUACACCUUCUUUCACUCAAAAUUUGGUAGGACAGCAAAAUUAAAAAUUGACAUACUUGUGCUUGCCUUAGCAAAAUUGUCUGAUUAUAUGUCUGGGUGCCAGUGUGUUCUGUUUAGUUACAGCUGUCAGAGGUUUUGGAUACCAUAGGACUCUUUUGUUGUCAAAUUUCUUUAUUUGAAAAAAAUAAAUUAACAGAGGUGCCUGUGAGCCCAUACUAUACACUGAUUGUAACAGCUCAAAAAAAUGCAUAUUGCUGUGACAUCUCUUGAUUGUGUGCUUUACAAGUGUUCUGUGAUGUCUUGUUUUACUUUUGUAUUAUUAGAAGAUAAUUACUUACUGAAUAAAUGUGAUGUGAUACGCUUUAAUGAUCUAUAUAAAUAAUUUUAUUAGGGCAUAAAUUAAAACUAAGUAAGAUAAAUGGCCUAUAUGUGUGCUUUUGUUCUCUAGGAUAAAAUUGAAGUACUUUGCUUCAUAGACAAGACAUAUAAAUCAAGUAGAGCUGAUGCUUGGUUGCCCUAGGUAGCUGAAGUCUGCAUCAUGACUUUUGAUUAUGAAAUUGACUGCCUAAGGCUGUACUUUACUUAAGUGUAUACAAACAGAAGACUGUUGUGUAAUGAGUUCUUUAUAAACAACCAGUGUAAACUCCUUCAGAACUUGCAAAUAUUGCCAAAUCUUUAAUUUGGAAUGCUAAGGAUGUUUAAUGAUAACUUUUCAAGUUCGAGUGCUAAAUCUACUGAUAUGUUUAGAUUUAUUUUACUGUGUUUUACCCCCAGUUUAGUUAGGUUGAAUCAUUCUAUCCAAUUUACUCAAGAGGGCGCUGAAAGAAGGCUUAGCUUCUCUGGGGUUUUAUGCUUUUUUUGUGGGCUGUAGUUGGGUGGAGUUUGAAUAGAAUCUGGUCUGAAACAUUCUUCAGAAAAAUAGCAUCUUUAACAUAAUGAUAUAUAUUUUUUCUGUCUAGAACUAGUCUUUUAACAUGUGAUUUCUUCAUGUUCUAGGGGAUUAAACAAUGUUGUAUAAAGUUUACAGUGUGCCUAAGACAUUUAUUUUUUUAAAGGAGUACUAGAUGUCAUACUAAAAACUGAUCUUUUUGGUAGAAAAGCUAUUAAACUACAUGUAUUGUUUUAAAUUGCUUAUUUUCCCCACAAGAUGGCUCUAAAAUAUCUGUUUCAUAAGUAAUAAUAGUUUCAAUUGUUUAAUAUAACCUUUAUAUGUUCAAAACAAAUAAAGAGUUAACAUUUGCUGUCUCUCUUUCACUUGUGAUAUUUAUUGUAGAGCAAAUCCUGAAAGCUGUGUUUGCUGUGGACCUUAUUCUAGUUUGUACAGCUGUGGAAGUUCUAUGGAUGUCAUGGGAAUUUUGUGUGAAGAUCAAGGGUAGAUAAUGUUGAAUUAUUCUGGUCUUCUGCAUCUAGUUACAGUGUUAUUUAACACUCUAGAAUAUGAGAAAUUAACAUUAUGCUUCAAACUAGAGGCUGGGAUGCAAGUUGUGUUAAGAGCUCUUGUCCUAUAUGACUGACCUACUUGUAACCUUCUUUUCUGUUAUAUUAAUUAUGUUUCUUAGCAGUACAAAGUUCACUUAUGUAAAUCAACAGCUGUGUACAAAAGUGCUAUAAAUUUCUUAUGAAAUAGUGGGUUUAUUGCCUUCUUAUGCCACAACUUUUACGUGUUGAUCGUACCAAGAGACAGUAAUUGAAAGAAGAACUAUAGCAUUUUUUCCCACAUUUAUUUUUGGAACAAUAACAAUUGCUUCAAAAACAAAUGAGGUAGUGGUAUUUGUUACUACAAUUUUACCAUUUUCUUAGAAAAGUAAGUUGAAGGACAGAUGUCAUAUCUUCCUUUAUAUUCAUCUUUUGCCACAAGGGGGUUCAUUGGGUAGCAAGAUGGCACUACGAAAGAAGCUAUAAAUAUAUUGAUAUUCUCUGUGAUGAUUCUACUUUUUUUUUUCCCUUUAAUUGGCAUCACUUCUGUGGCACACUUCUUUGUCAAGAUUCUUAAUUUGUGGGGUUUUGUCCACUUAAGCCCCAUUAUUAUUUUAUAAAACUGAAGUCUUAGAUGUGAAUUUGGGGGUGAAAUACAUUUCUCUUUUGUUAGAUUGUUGCAUUAGUCAGCAUCAUAAGGGUCAUUCAGAUGAGACUGUAAGAGUGUUUAUUUAAAAAGAAGAGAAAAAAAUAUUGCCAUAUUUCUCUUAUGUAAUGUAAGUUUAUUCACAGGAUGUGCUUCUUCAUUGCUCUCACUUGUCUGUAUUUUCAGUUCUCUGGCAAGUGGGUAUUCCAGUGCAUUAGAACAGCAGAAAUGAGUCAUUUAAGAAGAGAUCUAUGGGCUAUUGUGUUACCUAGAGUAAGUACUGUAUUGUCCUGCAAGAAUGGGAAAUAAAUUAAUGAAAUAACAUGGAGGAGGAUUGCUUAAGGGUAUACUCACUUGACUGAGAGGAAGCUCUCUGUCAAGCUUUUCUUUAUUUGAAGACUUCACCACAGCUAUGGCUAAGCAAUACAAUUGUCACCUGCUGUAGGUGGCUUCAGCAUCGUUUCUCUUUUCUUGGGGAGGCAGAAAGAUACUUCUUGAUGGAGAAGGGUGUUUUGUUUUCCCUUAUAAGAGUUCUGGUUCUGUGCAAGGUUGCUAAUGUGUAGUUUACCUCACUACAGUAGGUGAUAAAUAAAUGCUGCACUAAGUAUAGCAAGAUACGUGUGUGUUUAGUUUUAGUCUGCUAAAUCCUUACAAAGAUGAGUAUUUUUUUCUUUCUAGGACAGUUCAGGUUUUGAGUUUAAAAUGUGAUCCUGUUUAUUCACAGAACCAUGGUCCUUUUAUUAUUUUUCCACAUGCAUGAAAAUUUUGUAUGAACUAAAGCAAGUAGGGUUUCCAGUGAACUUUGCAAAACCUGAAAACAGAGCAUGAAUAAAAUAUCAGCUAUCGUGAGCCAAUGUUUUCUAUUAUGGCUGAAGAAAUUAUGCUAUGGGACUGUUCCACCAUCAUUUUUGCACCUGCCUGUCGGUAGCUCUCAGGCACAUGUUCAUUU